GAGAACCACACUGGGAUGCGCGUCGUCCCAUUCCAUGGCAAGUCUUUGCCCAGGGCGAAUAUGACGGUCCUGCACGUACGGCCCAUGUUCCGGAGUAUCGUUUGCGUGUCGAUGACGAACUCGAUUUCGUCUACCGGCUCACGCGUCAGGAAUCGACGCAGCCAUAUCGCUUGAACGUGGGUGACGAAGUCCAGAUUGAAUCGCUGACCGAUCCGAACCUCGAUCGAAACCUGGUCAUCCAGCCUGAUGGGACGAUCACCGUCUUGCUAUUAGGCCAGAUCCAUGCCGCGCGUCGGACCGUCGACGAACUGCGAAAAGCGUUGGACGAGCAGUACAAAGAGUACUACAAAGUUCCCGCGAUCACGGUGACGCCACUGAAGGUGAACACCAAACUGGAAGACCUGCGAGCCACCGUCGACAGUCGAGCCGGGACCGGCGGUCAAGGACGCAGCAGCCGCGUGACACCGGAAGGAACGAUUCAGCUUCCGGCGAUCGGAAAUGUGCCUGCCCAGGGAAUGACGCUGAACGAGUUGAAACGGGAGAUCGACGAGCGUUAUGCUAAGGAAAUCGAAGGGAUCGAAGUCACGCCGGUACUGAUCCAACGUGCUCCGAGCUAUGUCUACGUUCUAGGCGAAGUUCCUAAUCCUGGGCGGUACGAGCUGACCGGUCCCACGACGGCAAUCCAAAGCAUCGCCAUGGCUGGCGGCUGGAAUGUUGGGGCAAACCUACGAGAAGUGGUCGUUUUCCGUCGUGCUGAAGAUUGGCGAUUGGUGGCAACAAAGCUUGAUCUCAAGGGUGCUUUAUAUGCUCGCCGCCCUGCCCCUUCGGACGAAAUUUGGAUUCGUGAUGCCGAUAUCGUAGUCGUUCCCAAGAGCCCGAUCUUAUGGGCGGACGAAUUCAUCGAACUGGUUCUGACGCGUGGUAUUUACGGUGUUGAGUGUCCCCCCGUGAACCGACGUAUCCUUGCUCUCUUGAUGAUUGCCGUCUCCGCGUUGCCGCUGUGGGCUCGGGAAUCGAAUGUCGAGCCGAAGCCGAUCGGGAAACACAUUGCCGAGUUCGAGUUGAAAGACUUCCGCGGCAAGACACACAAGCUGUCGGAUUACUCCGAAAGCAAAGUGGUCGUUCUGGCAUUCAUCGGCUGCGAAUGCCCAGUCGCAAAGCGUUACUCCGUGACGCUUCAACAGUUGGCCGAUCAGUUUGCCGACGACCAAGUCACCAUUCUUGCGGUCGAUGCCAAUCAGCAUGAUUCGAUGACCGAGAUGGCAGCAUUUGCCCGCAUCCACUCACUGAAAAUCCCGUUUCUGAAAGACCUCGCCAAUCGCCUUGCCGAUGACGUAGGCCGAAUCGACGAUCAUUUUCUUGUCGGCAAUGUCCGUGAUGCCGCGACACGGAAUGACUUGAAGAUCGCUAUCGAAGAAGUCCUG